CUCCGCCCUGGGGCGCCCCGGCCGGCGCGCGCAGCCGUCCGCGCGCGGAGAGGAGGACGAGGCGCCGCUGCGCCCCGCGUGGUCCGCCGGCUCCCACACCAUGGCCCUGGCUGAGGUAGUAGUUUGUGCUGUUGGUCGGGUUGUGACAUUGCCCGCUGUGGAGAUAACUGCGCAAGCUACUGCCUUGCUAGUGCUGGUGAUGCUCAGCGCCGCGGAGGACAAUGGCCGGGGAUCCCCUUUGUUUUCCGGGGCGCGGGGGACGGAUCGGCCGCCCGGCGCGGAAACCGUUAGCUCCUCGCAUUCCCGCAGGGGCUGCGAGCCGAGCCGAGCCGAGGUGGCGGCCGCGGCGCCUUCCGGAGCCCGGGGGAGAGCGCAGCCCCGAAGGGUUGCCCUCGGAGAGGAGGACGCGGCACAACUUUCCGCCCAGAAUGAUUUUAACUCGUGCCCGGUUUUAGUUUGUCUGUCGUUGGGUUUCGUUCUUGAGGUGCACGGCGGAGUGGGCGAGCGGCUCCGCGAUGCGCGACUGCGGUCGCGGUCAGAACAGUCAACGCUGGAAUCCCAAACUUUCAUGUCUUAACGGUUUUGUUUUGUUUUGUUUCUAUCUUGGGUUGCUAUAUGACCGCUACGUUUAAGAGUUUAAAAUGUAAGCCUGAAGCAAAGUAGAGUUUUGGGUUUUAAUUGUUUAUAAACUCCUUAAAACCGGGUUGACUUUAUAGUUGAAUGCGCUAUUCGGAUCUCUUUUUAAAUGUAUACAAGCUAAAUAAAGUCUUUUUACAGAC